ACUGACUGUACUGUGCAGGGCGUACAGACAGCACAGCUGCGCUGCGUGCGUGUGUGAGCACAACGUGGUUUCAAAGGCAAAGUGUUUUCAUGGUGUUUUUACACUUUGAAGGGAUACCCUAUUUUAGUUAAAUGUAUUUAAUAAGUUCCGCGUACACUGAUAUAUCGAGGAACAGAGAUUUUACUCAUUUCUUAAGUGUUGCGAGCGGGAAUCGUCGUGUCAAGAGUAGCCUUAAGUCUCCAAAAUGUCGACUAUCAAGGAGCAUAGAAGCUCGAUUGGCUCCCACAUUCUUCGCCAAGCGACGGCGGUUAAAAAAGUUGAAUUUCAGUUACCCAAAAAUCUGAAAGGCACACUUCUCAACUUUACCAAUGGUCUUGACCACCGUCCAUACAAGGACUUAGUGUGCAUUCUACGAGACUCUGAAGUUAAGGACAAAGAGCUCUGUCUUCUUCUAAGAGAGGCUCAAGAUUGUGUUUCCCUCUUAGAUCAGAACCUUUGUUUAUUCAUUCAAGUCUUAUUGAUUGUCAAAUGGGCUCAUCGUGGACCUGAAGCUGUUGCAGCUUUCCAAAGUUUCCUCUUGGAUCUUUGUUCAGCCCACAGCUACCAUACAAAAGCCGUAUUAGACCACCUUAUUGUGAACUUCAAAGGAGCUUCCUUAGGUUCUGAUGAAAGUACUGAAUGGACCUCAGGGAUGCCAACCCCUGAAGAAGAGAGAAUUUUCCAAAAUAUUCAUUGUGUCUUGAAUAGGUUGCUCAGAGUAAUUCCAAUGGCAGGGGAUAUAUUAUUACCUUCAAUAAUAUCAGCUUUUCCUUACAUCAAACGCUCUACUAAAGAGCAUCAGGCAUUUGUCCAUAAUAUGUUGGAAAUAUUGAAAUAUCAACCCAAGUUUCGGAAAGAUUUUCUGUAUUUAAUUACCAAGAAGCUAGUUGAUUUGGACACGCACGCACCUAGGUCUGAAAUUGAACAGGCUGAAGAUGAUGAUGCUAUGGAUGUUGAUGAGGACAUCUUCUCAAUGGAACAAGAACAAGGCCAUAAGCACCCAAUUGCCAAAACUCUAGACCAUUUAAUGAUGAGACUUUUUACUUUUAUAAAACAUGAAUGUACUGACCCAAGUACUGGAGAGACAACCCUUGAUAGAAGCUAUUCAGUGUACAAAGAUUUCCAAGAGGUAUUUGAAAAAGUUAUCCUGCUUACACACAACACUCAUCAUGUUCAAUUUCUGAUGUGGUUCAUAUGCAGCCUAAGACCUAAACUUGCUGAAGUAUAUGUCAAGUACCUAUGGCGUCUAGUUUUAGGCAUUCAUGUUGCUCCUGUAACAAGACAGUCUGCUGCAGCUUACGUUGCAAGCUUUCUUGCCCGUGCCAAUUUUAUCAAAAUAGAGUUUCUCAAGAGCACCUUACAGGAGAUGUCGGAUUGGAUUCAUAGCUACAUUAAUAAUCAAGAUGGACAGAAAACAGUUGAGAUGAGACUGCAUAUAGUAUUUUACAGUGUUUGCCAAGCACUUUUUUAUCUGCUAUGUUUCAGACAUAAAGAUCUAUUCCGAACAAAACAAAAUAUGGUGUUUUUGAGGGGACUAAAUUUGACCAAAAUGGUCACGUGCACUCUGAACCCUCUUAGAGUUUGUCUUCCUGAGUUGGUCAAAAAGUUUUCAUCCAUAACUCGGGCAUAUCAAUUAGUUUAUUGCAAUUCUGUGAUAGAACGCAACUCAAGGAAUAGUGUGCCUAUUGUUCACACUAGAAACCAUGUGAUGCAAGCUGACCAACCAAGUAGCUUGCUUGAAACAUUUUUCCCCUUUGACCCUUAUAAAUUGAAAAGGUCGUCAUGCGUUAUUGAUCCAACUUAUCAGGUCUAUCAAGAUGAUGACAUAAGUGAAGAAACUACUGAGAAAGCAGACAAUGAUGAUGAUGAUGACUUUCUGCCAGAAGUAUCUAUUAGUGCCAGUUUUAAUGACAAGCGUUUCACCUAUAGUGCCUCUCCAGGCUUUCUGCAUGACCAUCAUACAUCUACGUCAUCACCUCGCCUAAGGCAUUUUGUCUGAAAUUUUAUGUCAUCCCCCUGAUCCUAUGUCACUUUGAAAACUUUGAACUGAACAUGUAUGAAGUAUGUCUGUUCUGGCUUACAUCUGUUUGCUUAUGGCAAGGCCAAUGAAAAAUUUGCAAGUACCGGUAGUCAAUUUUGACUACAGAUUGCAGAGGAUGUGAUGUGAUUAACGCCGGAUGGGCGGUUCAAGCCGAGCAUUUUGGGAAGUGUGCUUCGCGGCACGGCACGGCACGGCACGCAGGCGUGCGUGGGGGCUGCCACUUGCCUGCAGUCACAAGGAGCAGUGGUCAACGCUAUUACGAGCAAACCCGUUUACACACCCGAAGUGCUCGGGGUGAACCGUCCGCCUGGUGUGCUUUGUUAAGAAAUUGAUUUUGAUGAUCAUUUUCUAAUGUGAAGAGGUGAUUUUAAAUUACUGCUGAUGUUUUAGAUAGUUUGUGCCCCCUACUUUUGUAAUUCUACCACUUCGAGUGCAAGUGCAUUCAACCUGUCAGCAGUUGAUCCUACACAAUAAUCUUGAUGUCAUUUUUAUGUUUUCAACCUGUGAGAUUACUAAUAUAUUGUUAGUACUGCUACAUUUUAUUAGUGUGAGUUGUAGUGCAGAUUGUUAUUUUUAUAACUGCUGUGAUGAUGAAUUUCCAAUCUUCUAAAUCAACAAGUUUUUGAUUUUACUGCCUGGUUCAAUCCGUAUAAUUGAUAUUGAAGGAACCCAAAUUCACUUUGUUUUGUUUUUGACAUUUUUUUUAUUUGGUUGCAAUUUGAAAGAAUCGUAUAAUGCAGUUGAAACGACAGUAUAUCCUGGUAACAGGAUUGCAUUAGAAAAUUAUCACUUUGAUACAACAGGCCUAUUUUCUUCGUGGUGGUUUGGUGGUGAAGCUGUAGCUGAUUGGUUAGAAUUCUAAUGUCAGUAGAUUUCUCCAUUUAUUGCACAUAAUUACUUUGCCUUCUGUAAGGUAAUCAUACUGAUAACUCACUUGAUUGUUGUUUAUUUCCUUAAAAAUUGACUUUCUCAAAUGGUAAAUGGUUAAAGUCGUGUGAAGCUAAAUGCAGUUUGUCUGACGGAAAUUUCUUAAUUUGUCAUGAUUCAGGUACAAGAAGUUUCAUUCUAAAUUAAAUUUGUUUCAAUAUCUGUGAUACCUCCAUACGGAAUGUUGUUAGCAGAACACAAAUGUUUUUACCUUGUCUUUUCAAUGAUGCGUGCAAUUUCAUUGGAAAGCCAAAUAUGGAUAUUUUGCCUGUAUUAGGUUUGUAAUAUGCUAUUUAUUAAUAAAACAUAAUAAAAAUCAAGUUAAAAAUUAUUCA